AGCAUUCGAAUGAUCCAAUGCACUCAUUGAUUUUUGGAACAUCACCAACGUCAAAGCAUUUUUUGUCCCACAUUCAAGAAUAUAAUACGCCAUUUCAAAUGACUUUUUUUGGUGCGUCGAAAGUUAUAAGAGACAGUUUUAUGCCAACGUUCAAGAUUCAAGGCCAGAUUUAUCAUAGAKCUGGUUCAUUAUUGCCAUUCCCUGACACUGAACCUCAAUUUUUGGAAAUCUAUUUUGUUGGGAAUAGCAAUGAUGAAUUGCAUCGGCGUUGUGCAAUUGCUCCAAGCGCAAGGCGUCAAAUUAUUUUGGACCUGCAAAUUUUUUUCCAUCAACACAAUGGAUUAGUUCAAUUGUUCAAAACCGCUCUUGAUCUUAUGCYAUCCGAUAAUCAUAGGAUAGUAAUAAGAGCCGACAAAACGCCUUUUGGAGAGCAUGCAAGACGCUUCAAUGCACCAACCAUUGAUGAAGUGGCCAUUGUAAUUGUUGGAUAGCAGUUUCUAUCUCGCGAUAUUGUG